CUCGCGAAAUUGUGUGCACUCCACUCGUUGGCGUCUCUAAUUAUUGUUAGUAAUUAUUGACAGUAUCUCUGCGCUAUUGUUUUUUUUUUUCUCUUUUUUUUGCGCACUAAAUACUUACCACUUAAGUAGCAAAGUGUUGUUCGUUAAAAAACUACAAGGUAUACGAGUACAAAAGCCGAUAGAGGAAAAGUGCGUUGGGCUCGGCAUAAAUGAUCUACAGCUGAGAAAAUGCGUCGCCGCGGCAGCGAGCCAGCAGCAAGUUGCACCAGCUCCUCCUUCGUCUCGACGACGACGUCGACGUCUUUGUUGCUGUCGCAUCUGCUGCUGCUGCUGCUGCUACUACUACUACUGGCAUGCCAAGGAGCUCAUGCUGUAGAAGCGUCUGGAGAUGUCGAGCUUUAUUAUGACAAGCUCGUGCCACUUGGUGGAACUAUCACUUUCUUUGCUAGUAUUUUGGACAAGAACGAUAAGUCACCAACAGGAAAUUUCGUUUACAAGUGGGAAGACAAUGCCGAGAAACAGCAUCGUUUUGAGAGCGGCACAACAACAAAUACAACGUCGCUCUUCAGAGCCAGCUAUCCAGCAUCAAUGUACCAUUUAGGCGUGUACACAAUGGAAGUUGAUGUCUGCAAAUGGGGGUACAUGGAAAUUUUUUGCCAUUUUUUUGGAAAAAAAACAAUACUGUUUCCCAUACUAUUUGAUGGGUAUUUGACAAUACAACAAACAAAUUACUCUGGAAAAAGUGAGUUUGUAUCAUCUGACAGAGAGACAAGAAUAACUGUGAAUGUAAAAAAGAGAGAUUAUGAUUACUUAGUAAAGAAAUCAGCGACUAUCACAACGUAUUGGUUCAUUGAUUGUCAAUACCACAGUCGCACAAACGGUUUUACAUUAGACUAUAAUUUUACAAAGCCAAAUACCACUUAUGUUGUUGAGGCUCUUGUUGUGGCUAAUUUUGAUCCACCUGUUACAACGCUAGCUCCCACAACUACUACUAAUACCACACCCACAACUGUGCCAUCAAAUGGGACAACUGCCGUUCCAACGAAUGAUACAUCCACAACUACAACUACACCUACACCUACAACAACAAUAAAAACGACGACGACAACAACAACAACAACAACAACAACAACAACAACAACAACAACAGCCUCAACAAAUGCAUCAGUGCCUCAUUUUGCAAAUGAAACAUUCCCUUUAGUAUGCAAGUCUAGGUUGCCACCUAAUGUCAAUGAAACGUAUGGUCAUUUCCAAACAGAAGUCAAAGUGAGAGCACCCAUAUCCAAGUUAAACAUUGAAGGCUCAACAUGGAUUCAACCAUGGAAUAGUAUACAACUUGAUAUAACGUGUAAUGGAACAGGGCCUUUCCAGAAAUGUAUCGAAAUUCACAUGGGGAAGUACAAUACCACUGGAAAUGAAACUUGCAAUCAAGACAACAGUGAAACACUGGAUAUUUGUAAAUUUUCAUUCAGUCACUAUUUCCUUGACGCUCUGGAGUACACAGUUUUAAUCAUAUUGAGCAAUGACGUCAGUACUGAAGUACAUCCGGUGGCAGUUAACAUUUACGAGCUGAUUCCCAAGCCUCAGUUAUCGGUAAUUGUGGUGCCACUUACAUGUUCCUUAGUAGCCGUGGUCCUUAUUGUCUUUGGCAUUGCCUACUACGUGCAAAACAAGUCGCGCUUUACCGUCGAAGUGGCAGACUUCGACUUUGGUCAGCGUAGUGCCGACAUGGAAUACAAAACGUUCACCGAAAGGCUCCGAGACUCUUUUAAUAAUGCUGGAUACAAACAAUUACACAACGCAAAAAAUUUGCAAUGACAAAACGCACAAGAAAGCACGGAACAAUGAUGGUAAAGAAAAAAAAUUAUCGGUAUGAGGAGCAAGGAUACGAAAAUGUAACAAAAUCAUUGAACUGAUGAUUGAUCAAAAUUCCACGAUGUUACACGCAAUUUGGGCUGCAGUAUUUGUAGAUUUUAAGUGUAAUUUCAAUUAAUGCGCUAUUCAGCGUGACGAUAUUUUAAUGUAUAUAGGACAAAAAAAAAAAGAUGCAUGAUUAAAUGAUAAUGAGCAUAGGCUGUGAAAGUUAAAGGCGGAGGGAGUUAUGAGGAGCACUAAUUACGAGAGUCGUGAUUGCUUGUCUUUUUUACAGAAGUCCUUUUAUUUAAAUUAUUCUUCACCCCUUUUUAUUACAUUUCCUGUAUUUAACUUUAUGAGAGGGAUAUAAAUAUUUUUUUUUUUAUGUGGAUUGGAUAAAUGUUAUCAAUUUUGUCAAUCGGCUGUUUUGCAUGCCGAAAUCUUUCAUACUAAGUAUUUGCGAUUUAAUCUGCGAUCGGAUUCCUUGCAGAUAUUCAAUGAGCGAUCAAAAAUAUUUUACUUCUAAUAUAAAAUUAUUAAUUACAAAUUUGUUUAAUAACUGUGUACAUUGUUAAAAAAUUGUAUAUAACAUAUGCGUUGUAACAAAACUAAUGAUAAUAUUUAUAUAGAGGGAAAAGCAUACAAAGCACGACUACUACAUUUCUCACCAGUGAAAAGAGAGUAACAGUUUGUAAAAUAAAUUAAUCUGGCAAUUUUUCAUAAGUUUAUUUUAAUGCAUUCAAAGAGAUCAAAUUGUUUGAUGAUUAUAAUGGUUUUUUGAAAAAUAAUAAUAUUACUGUAACAAAUUUACUAUGUUUUUAAUUUCUGUUACAGAGUUGUAAUUUUUAUUUUGAGCUUUCCUCUGGUGAAAAUUCUGCCGUGCCUUAAAACAUAACUAUCGAUAAUUGAUAAUAAAA